AUGAAGGGGGUGAGAGGAGAGAUGCCUACAGCCGAGGAUUGUGAUAAUUGUAGGGUAUUUUUGAAAUUUCUUAGAAUGUUUUACAAUGCAACAAAAAGAUUUUCUGGGUCUUUGUUUGUUAUUUCAAAUACAUUCUACACUGAAAUUUUUGUCAUUGAAAAUAUGAUUGGACAAUUAAUCAAAGACAAUGAUCCUAUUUUGUCUUCAAUGGCAAAGAAAAUGAAAGAGAGGUUUGACAAGUAUUGGGGAAAUGGGGAUAAAAUCAAUCUCCUUUUAUAUGUUGCGGUUGUGCUUGAUCCUCGAAGAAAAAUGACAUACUUGCAAUUUUGUUUUUCAACAAUUUUUGGUGGAGAUGUGGUGAAAGUGGAAGAAAUGUUAGAUAAGGGGCAAUUUUCUAGUGGUAGGAGUAUGUCGGAAUUGGACAAGCACUUGGGUGAUAUUGAGAAAGGUGGGAAGAAUGCUCAAUUUGACAUCUUGGAGUGGUGGAAGGUUAAUGCAACAAAAUAUAGAGUAUUGUCACUUAUAGCACGAGAUGUGAUGGCAAAGCCUGUUUCCACUGUUGCUUCUGAGUCGGCUUUUAGUGUAGGAGGUCGUAUACUUGAUCCAUUUCGUAGUUCACUUACUCCUAAGAUGGUGGAGGUUCUUGUUUGUAUACAAAAUUGGCUUCGAAGUAACAUUCCAAUAUACCUUCGACAAUUAGUGGAAGAUGUUGGAGAAUUUGAACGACAAUAUGAUUCGAUUGUUUCGGAAUCAAGUUCAUGUUCAAGCCCAAGUCCGGCGAGUAAUUUUAUUGAGGUUUAG